AUGGAGGUGCACCCAAGGUUGUCCUAUUACAAUGAUGUGCAAGACGGAACAGCUUUAGUAACAAAAACCUUAGAAACUACUGAACACCUGACUCCACUCCAUAUUCCUCCUGGACCACCUAUACUACCGGAUAGAUAUGAAGAACUAAGGGAUACAUUCCAGCUGUGUAAGCCUGUCUUGAGAGCAGGACAAGAAUAUGGAGGAAGUGAGCCCAUGUUACCAGAAACACACAGAAACUAUGAGCCGCCUUAUGCGUUUGAUAAUGAACACCAAUACUAUGGCUCUUCCAGAGACGGCCCACUAAGGGAUGCAAGGAAUUCAAAAUACAAGUUGCCCCCAAGAGUCCCAGGUACUUGUCUUGUCGAGAGCCGCUUUCAUCCUUUUCACCCCUAUGUCCAUACUUCUGAGGCUGAUAACAUUAACACUGGAGGUAAACCUGACAGGUUGCAUGAUGGCAGCAAACCUUUGGAUAUUCGCAAGGAGGCUAUAGGAUGGCCAGGCACAAAUAGAAAGAUUUGUCUUCCUCCAUAUAUUGAGCGAAGUGACCUAGCAUAUAAUCCAAAUGUCCCAGAGGUUCCUAAAUCCACUUUCAAAAUUCCAGAGCUUAAUAUCUCAGCCAGAGCUGCCAACAUGUUGGAAAAUGUAAAGAAGGCCCUUUGGUUAUCAUCUUACAAGCGUGACUUCACAGGCAAAGGUCCUACGAACCCCCUGUUGUUGGAUGAUCAUGAUGUCAAGACAAUUGGCAGAGCAACUGGGGAACUAGGCAUAAAUGUUGAUCUGAGACAGAUGUUUCCAUCACACACUUCUCAAGUAAGACCCUUAGAAGGACGCAUUGCACGCUUGCUUCAAAACAGACGACCUCUCCUGUCAGGUCCCCAGCAGCAGGAAUCCUCAAUUGUUCAUAUGCCUCCACUUCAAUGUACACCUGAUUCAGUUAUACGUGGUUUUUCGGAAGGAUUACUGAGCUGUGGAGAAGUGUUGCCAAUUCCAGUUCAGCAUUGUCCAGAUACAGAAAAUGGAGCCAAGAGGAGGAAUGAGUAUUUGGCACAGAAACGACUUCCAUGGAAUAGAUUUCAGAAAAUUACAGAUACUUGGAAAACAGAAACCCUAUAUUUAAGGCAGCUUGCAGUACCGCCCGAUCCAGACCCAGAUCUGAAGCCUACAGAGUCAAUUUACUAUGAAGAUCUGAAACCCUCCCGUUUAGAUAAAUAUAUAGUUUGGCACCAUCCUGUCAUUCUCAGUAAACCAGCCGCAACAGAUCUAAAUUAUGGAAAGCAUGGGAAUCUCCAGGAUCAUGAGUUUGCUUCCAGUCUUGAAGACACUCCACCAAGGAACCCGAUCCCAGAAUGGAUUCCUAAUUGUGGAGUGGCUCGGCCUCAAACAAACUUACUUGAUAUUCAGGAUUUUUAUACAAAAACUGAUACAAUCAAGCGUUUGAAUGACUUAACUAGAGGAGGAAUCAGAGACCUCAGAGAUCAUGACAGAAAAGGCAGAAGGCACAAAUUAUACAGUUUCCAUGCUUAUUUCUUUCACUGA